GGAGGCUUCCGUAAGUCAUGCGGUCACUCAGGCUCCGGUUCGGUGCUCGUGCCCGUCUGCGCGCCGUGGCCCUGUUCGUUUGUUGUCGUUCCUGGAAAGAAAAAAACAGGAAGGGCUCUUCUAAGCCGCCACACCCGAGAGAACAGUCCCCCGUGGCUGAAGUGAGAGAACUCUUGAGGACACCUGAAAGAGCUGUCUCUGGAUCCCACACAAUGGCGGACUCUGUGACAGCUUUCCAAACCCAGCUCACAGCCGUUAUGGAGGUCCUGGUAAAAGCAGCCGUCUGCGAAAUUACCAAACUCGUCAAAGGCAGCUUUACCGAUUUUCACGUCAAAAUAGCCCAGAGUAAGAGAGAGAACGAAGCUCUGAAAAUGAGGUUGCGGAUACUGGAGAAGGAGUUGAGAGCACACCAAGAGUACGGGAUAAUCCCAGUGGGAAAGAAUGCAUGGUGUGUGAGGAGCCGCAGUGUUGGAGUUCAGGAUCCGGAAGAGGGAAAAUGUAGAGAAGUCAGAGGAACGCUAGCAGGGAGGAAGGGAGACGCUUGUUCUGUUGUGCCGAACGUCUCUGACAGACAAUUGCGUAGCACCGCAGAGUGGAAAGGGAAGGACGCUGCUGGGGCUGCGACUGACGACUCUGAGCUGGAUCCUGCUUUCUUGACAGAGGCGGAACCUGCCUUCAUUAAGGAGGAGUCUACGACGAUGGGGGAGCACAGACCUGACUUACUAGUUACUGAAGACGAAAAAGCAGAGGACAAAUUGACCAACAGUCACCUACAGAGAGGACUGAAAAUCAGUAGGAAAGGGGUUGUAGAAGCCAGUGCUGCUUGUGAAGAUGGAGCAAGGUCUCCUGUUGGGCAGCAGGAGUGGGGCAGGGAGAAGCUUGGUGAACAGCACAGGACCGGGCAGGUUGAAGACGAGGACGUGGCAGAGUCUGCUGCAAACCACCAGGGCUGCUAUGAGUGUGCCCAGUGUGGGAAGAGAUUCACCCGAUCGCGGUAUCUUAAAAUGCACCAACAGAUUCACAACCAAGACAAACCACACUCCUGUGCCCAAUGUGGGAAGAGCUUCAAUCACUUAGUGAACCUUAAAACCCACCAGCGAAUUCAUACGGGGGAGAAACCACACUGUUGCAACUACUGUGAGAAAAGUUUCAGCCAGUUGUCUAACCUUAAAAGACACCAGCGACUUCACACGGGAGAGGCACCGUAUUGGUGCAUACAGUGUGGAAAAACCUUCAUUCAGCUUGUAAACCUCAAGGCGCACUUGCGAGUUCACACUGGAUAGAUGUUGACCUGCUGCAUUCGGUGAGAAGGAUUUCCUUUCGACUCGCAGGCAGCCACUGAAGGAGUGGGAUCUUGCCAUCAGACGUGAAGUCAAAUGUAAAUACAAACACUUCCUGUUGUUGAGUUUGUGAACUUCCAAAUGCAGAACGUUCACUGCCCAACUAAAUACAAUUGCGAAUAUGUGACUUACUGUUACAUACAACAGACAUUGAUUGUUUAGCCAGUUCACAUUUUGGCAUAGAUUGUAAUUAAUAUCAAUUUAUAAUCUAUGUACAAUUAAAAAAUGUAUCUCUUGCCUUGAUCCCAGGAAAUUUGCAGGAAGUACAGUUUAUACAACAGCAGUAACAGUUGUAGUUAAUAGGUACUAGGCAUGUAACAGUGUGUGCAGUGAGCAGUUCAGUCUUUUACUUGUUUUGAUGGUUGCUUCUGAGAAACCUAAUAUGUUUGUAAGGUGUAGGCUGCACCUUUCAGGACUGUUGCAUUUGCAAUACUUAAGCAGUUUUCGCUGUUGAAGUACAGUAGUAUCUUUAACCCAUCUUUGACAGGUGUGGCUCCCAUGUGUUUUGAAACAUUCCUGAUUGGCUUUUAAUAGCUAGGCUUUUACAAUCUGAGCCUCCAAAUAUUAUCGACACAGGAAGGACCAUGAUAAAGUGACACAGGAAGGAGCAAAAAGUUCAGAGAGCUUCCUCUUUCUGGGAUUAUGCAAACCUUUUCAGCUGCAGUUUUGAGAAUAAGGUCCUCUUCUGUGUGGUGCUUUGUGUGUGAGACCUACUCCUCUAACUUGAAAUAAUGAUGAGGCCUGAAACUGCUCUGAAUAAAUCUUGUCCGUUAUAGGGCAACUUUAUGUACAGAGUUUUGGAAGGCUGCUGCUUCUUGAUUUCGUAUUAGAUAUUGGGGUAGGUAUGGUAUACCAGUAUGAUGAUGUAGAGUGGUUUAAGACUAUGAAUUAAUGAAACCAUAAAAAAUUGUAACACCAUAUUUAACAUGAUUGUCAUUACUAAAAUGUAUUGCAAGUCUCUUUGUGAAACCAUUUAACUAAAUGCAAAAGUCAACUUUGCCUUCAUCCACUAAAACAAUGUCACAGUAAGACUAAAGUGAAUCAUAAAAUAAUUUUAACCAUUUACUGUACCUCCGGUAGGGAGGGUUUGGUCAUCUUCUGGAGAUUGAUUGGUUAGAAAAAGUUAGUUAAUGUAGUAAAAGCAAUAGCACCUCUUACUGCUGAAGCUACAUCUUGUGGUUGCAGGCAAUGUAAACAAGUUUUCACACUUCAUGGACUAUCAUGACACAACUGUCAUGUUUACAAUGGGGCUUCAGCGAGGAUACCGUAGAAUAGUGAGUUAGUAAAUCUCAGUGGUGUAUUUUGGCUUUAUUUUAAUGAACAUUUGUUAAAAUAAUUGAACUACAAAAUACAGUUUUCAAAUAAAUUCAUGUGAAUAACUUGCAGGUGUAAGAUGUUGUACUUGGAAGAAUAUAACAAGCACUUAACUAUUUCCUUAUUUGUCAGAGGCUUUAAAUACAAGACUUAAGCUAGUAUAUUACACAAUGUGAAAGUAAGUGGCAGAAGACCACUACAGAAGAGCUGUUACUCUAAAUAAACAAAUUGAAUUGUUUUCAGCUGUUUCAUUGGAGAGCACGAACAUGAGGACGCCUCCUAUAGUUGAAUAUUGUGUUACACUGUACUUUGCUGUUGCUGACUAUGUCAAGAGUAUACUGACUGGGUUGUGCGUUGCUGAUUGGGGGAGAACGAAUGUGAUAGCAACACUGAGCUGUGUCUUGCUUCACAUUUGCUAAUUUGGUGAAUAUUGGCCUGAUAGUGGUGUCUGAUACCCAGUAAUGAGUGCUGUUAAGAACUGGGGUCCAGUCCUGCCCCAAUAACAGGUCACAGGGAAUGCCAGUUCCAACUUAAUAUUGCUGGUUGUCUGGGCAUUUUUCGGAUUCUGUUAUGCCUGCAAAACCAGUUGUUCAUCAGGUUCGUGAGACUUGAAAGUUUGCUUAAAACCUUAUUUAUCUUCCAACCUUUGUUGAACGUAUCUUUUAUUACCAGUUGUGAUGAGUACGCAAAGUGGUUGCAACUGAAAAUGGGCAGUGCUGUGCACUGUGCGAUCCUGUUGGGUUCAGUAUAAAGAUCAGAAUGGCUUUAACAAUCAGUUGACUUUCAAAAGGUUUUAAAAAAUUAAGGACUGCUUGUAAUGACUUAAAAAUCUGUCGCUUGAAAGGUGUUGCAAACCUGCUAGUCUCUUUUUAUGUUGUCCUGGGAAAUCAUCCUUGGCCUUUUAAUACUUUCUAUUUUAUGCCUUUAUUACUUUUGAAUUCAUGUUUUUAUCCACUUUGUAAAAUAUGAAAGGAAUUUAAUGUUGUAAAAGUGAUCUAUAUUGGUAGAUUCGGGAAUCGCCAGUGAGUUGUUGUCCUGGUUCUUAGGCAGGACUAGGAAAACAAAACAAAUACGAAGUAACAAUUCCCAGUUUGCCGAUUCAGACAGGUGAGAUGGAAAGGAGUGGUGUUUCUGUUGUUGUUCUGCAGUACUCUUCUGCUGAAUGUCUCGUGAUUUACAGGACUCCUAAUGGUCGUGCUAGCUCACUGAACAUCAAAAACAUCCCGUUUGUGCACUGAAAUGUGAGAAAACCCACAUUCUUGUAAAUUCCUGCUUGGGAUAAGUCACAGGUUCUUACAUUUAAGGGGGAGACUUCUUCCCCUAUGGGCUUUUAACUCUAUUCAGUCUCCAUGGAAUUAAACUGCUGAACCACUAAAAAGUGAAAAAAGUUCCCCUUCAUCUCUGCUGUUCUAACUUGUAAUCCUCCAUGAUACCACUUCUCGAAAUGCUAUAAAAAUACUAAAGAUAUAGAUCUCCUGUGUGGUUUACACACUUGCAAGCAUUCUUACAAUCCUCGAGGCUUUCGCUGUGCAGUGAAAGAGUAAUGUUUUCUACCCAUUUGUCUGAUCAUCUUACUUUCUUCCUCUAUGUUCUUAUUCUGCUCUCUUGUUCUGUUCACUCCUCCCCCACUGUUCCAAAUCCUAAAUCCCCCUAGUCUCUGUUCUCAGGUAUAUCCCCUUCCACUAUGCCACUAAAUUUAAUUUCUGCUGUGUCCUGGUGGCUGAUGUCCUAUCUGGUGUCUUUUGUAUCUCCUGCUCUAGGUUCCUUGCUCUUGGCCCCUGCUGCUCCUCACACUGUUGGGUCUGAUGUUUCUAUUGAAAUGCUGAAAAGCAAGACAUAUGUUAUGAGAACUUUUCUGUCGAGCCUCAGGGAUAGAGGGAAAUUUGCAGAAAAACUGGAGGCUCAAACGACAUUCCCAGCAGAGAAGCAGCUCAAAGGGCACACCUGUUUUUUGUAUGAAACAGUAGCAACCCCAGAUCAAUAAUGAUUAUUCCUCUCUCUAGUGAGCUGUAAUCUGAGUAAAGGAUUUUCACAACUGGUAACGUUUCUCCACUUGUAGGGCUUUUUGAACUGGGUUGAAGACACGAGUCUUCAGUAAUGGAUAAUGGAAUGCACUCCCAAGCCAUGUUUUUAAAUAAGACAAUUCUUCCAAAUAAGACAAUAAAUUAUACACAGAGAAAACAUACUAGACCUGUAUGUCAACUAAAGGUUUGUCCUGUGACUUCUCCUGACUAUUUCGUGCUUACAGCUCAUCAAAACAUAUCCAAGAUGAGCCAUGUCAAGGGGGAGGCACUGUGCUGCAGUGGUUAGCUUUGCUGCCUCGCGGCACUGGGUUCAGUUCCUGGGGUGCUAUCUACACAGAGUUUGUAUGUUCUCGCCGGGUUUGUGUGGGUUUCCUUAGUGGGUUAAUUGGCUUAUAGGAAAAUUGAUCCUGGAGUGUGACCCUUGUGUCUGUGUGUACCCUGCGAUGGCCUGGCAUCCCAUCCACGGUGUAUACUGCCCCCUGCCCUUUGCUUUCUGGGAGGUAAACCUGAAUUGGAAGAAGUGGAUAGAAAAUGGAUGAAUGGAUUGAUCAAUCUCUAGGGAGAGGCUGACAGAGCUAGCACAGAUUUCCUUAAUUGUCCCUCUACCGUAGUAGUACUGAAAGAACAUUUUAUUUUGUAUCCAGUGCAAUAUUGUUUUCCAUCUCUUACCUCACCUGUCUAAAAUCAUGUAUUUGUACUUGAAAUUCAUUGUACUUUUUUCAACUGGAUAUGUUUUUAAUUCAUUUUAUGACUUGU